UCAGUCGAAUCAGUCUUAAAAGUCGAAGCUGCUGGCCACGUUCUGAUUGCUGAGGUUGCGGAUUGUGUUUUAUGCAAUAAAAAAAGUUUAACAAACUUUAUGUGUUUAUUGUCGUAGUUUUGUUAUUAUCAAAUAUAUCGAAGGUAUUUGCUAUAAUACUUUUAAUAUACUAUAGUGCAUUUAAGUGGCCAAGUGAGGUUAGGUGAGGUUAAGUGAGGUUAGGUUUCAUCCAGAUAUUUUUUAAUGUUGGCAUUUUAGAAUUCGAGAACCUUCAAGGCUUCAAGACGAGAUUUUCUGGACUUUACUAAAAUAUUUUCAGUUAAGUAACUGAGAUAGUUUUGUGGAAAAAAGUCAACAAAUUUAUUAUACAGUAUCUUUUAUUACUGGAGAUCAACAAAAGGACAGAUUGAGUCGUGCAAUGGCGCAUAUGGUAUUGCAAAUAAAGCCAUUUCAAUUGGUGCAAUUCAUUUCACCAGGUAAACGUUCUGUGACUAAAAGUAUAGAUAUUACGUUGUUAAAAUGGAUGCGAUUCGACGAGAAAAAGAAAAAGUUCGUAACAAAGUAUAUGCCACCUCCUUAUAAUGAUGAAACCAGUACAAUUCUAUAUGAUUUAAUACAUAAACAAGGAGAUGUACCUGAUGACAGUUGGCCAGAAUAUCCUAUUCAAAUUCACGGUCACGCAGAUACAUUUGAAAUGGCAGUGAUGAGAUUAAAUCAAUUAAAAAUUGAUAAAUUUGCGUAUACUGAAUCGGAGACAGAACCGAAAAAGAAAAAGAAAAUGACUGAGGAUCAAAUUAAAAAUAAAUUGCAGUCAUUGUCAAGUUUAGAUGAUAUUUUAAAUGUUUCUGACAUUGUGAUGCCUACGCCAGGGGACACUGAAUCGGCUAAUUCAUCGAUUUCCACGUCGAUUUAUAGAAAACCGGAAAAUCCUUCUAGUUCCGGCAAGCAACCGGCUAUAUUGCCGAAUUCUAAAAAGGGGAGAAACUCUUCGACUUUGGCAGAAAAAUCAAGAAAGGAUUCUUUUAGCAGUGAUGAUUCUAUAACCGAGAAUGGAGAAAGAAUAAAACCAAAAAAUAAUUCUAAAUUUAAUGUAUUUGGAUCUCGUAUGGAACUUGACGAAUCACUAGAUAAUGAUUCCGAUGAUGUCGAAUUUGAUAGAGAAGGGUUCGCAGUAAAUCAAAUUUCAUUAAGUCAGUCUGACCGAAAGAAAAAUACAGUGAGGAACUUUGCUGAGCAUUCGUACAGAGCUGACAAGAACAGGAAAUCCGUCUCCAAUUCCGGUGAAAAUAAACUUCCAGCAAAAGAAAAAGAUUAUUUCAAAUUCCUUGUGAAAGAAAUAAAAUCAUUACGACUUGAUGUACAAAAUGUUCGUGAUAACACUAACAUUGUAAUCGGAAUGAUAGAGCAGCUUGCAAAUCUCAACCAUAAUGACCAAAAAUGCUUUGAACAACAAUACGAGUUAAAUCUACCGUUACAAACCCUGGAAGAAUUAGAAAAACUCAACCAACUGCUGUUGAAUAACGAAGUUUGCAAUAAACAUUUUAAAGCAUCUGUAAAGUUAACAUUAAAUAAGGACAUUGGCGUCAGAAAAACUUUGAAUCUUUUGAUUAAAAAGUUCUGUGGCAGAGAAGUUGUUUUACAACUAACCAGCUCAAAGACAAGUCCGGGAAAAAUAGUUUUUAAAACUAUGGCAUUUUGUUCGAGUUUAAUAGAUGUUGCUACAGAAAAAUUUGAAAUAUCAGAAGAGGCAAUUUUAGCUCAUUUAGGCGUGAUUUUUGGAAAUGCCAAAGAUUGGGAUGGGCAUCGGAAGCAAAGAAAAGAAAAACACUCAGACAUUUUAUAAAUUAUCUUUCUUUUUGUUAAAUUAAAAAUCUUAU